AUGUCUGACGAGAAACCAACCGUUGGUGGUGAUGACCACAAAGAGACCGUGUCAAACCUCAACGACGCGCCCUCCAUCGCACAGGAGAAAGUCACAGAUGCGUUCGCUGACAUCAAUCAUGUUGCGCGUCUGGGCAUGCCGAAUGCAGCGGAGCUAGAGAAGAAGAUUGUGAGAAAGCUGGACAUGUGGAUGCUGCCUCAGCUUUGGAUCUUGUACAUGUUCAAUUACCUGAACAGAACAAACAUUGCUCAGGCGCGUUUGAACACGUUUAAUCAGGAUCUUAACCUUGGAGAGGGAGAUUAUCAGACUGCUGUGGCGGUUUUGACUGUUGGAUACAUGCUUGCUCAGUUGCCGUCUAAUAUGUUGAUUACGCGCGUUCGACCUUCUAUCUUUUUGCCUGUCGCUGCAUUUAUUUGGUCUGCUAUCUCGGCCUUGACUGUGCUUUGCACCAGCGCUGGUGGCCUUUGGGGCGUCCAGUUCGUCCUUGGUAUCGUCGAGGCUCCUCUGUUCCCUGGUGCCGUCUUCCUCAUGUCCUGCUGGUACACCCGUCGAGAAUUCGCCCUCCGCGUCGCCCUCCUAUAUUCCGGCCUCGUCCUCGCCCAAGCCUUCUCCGGCCUCAUCGCCGCCGGUGUCUUCGCCGGUCUUGAUGGCCCCAUGGGUCUCGCUGGCUGGAAGUGGCUCUUCAUUAUUGAAGGUGCUGCCAGUGGUUUCUUCGCCAUCACCGCCUUCUUCGUGUUGCCUAACUACCCCGACUCUCCUACCGGGGGUGCUACGCGAUACAUGACCGAGGAUAUGCGAAAGCUUGCUGCUGCGCGAAUUCUCGACGAUCGGGUCGAGUUCUCCGAGAAGUCGACUGUCAUGCAUGGACUCAAGCUUGCUGUCACCGAUCUAAAGCUUUACAUGUUCUUGUUCAUGAACAUCUUCAUCACCUCGUCAUAUGGCUUCAACAACUUCUUCCCCACUAUUGUCCGAGGUCUUGGCUUUGGUGAGAACGUCACCUCCCUUCUCAUGACUGCUCCUCCUUAUGUCUUCGGUACCCUGUGCACCUUCUACGUGUCAUGGGACUCUGAUCGCAGAAAGGAUCGAGGUCUUCACAUCAUCAUUCCCCUCUCCUUCUCCGUCAUCGGUUUCAUCGUCACCGUCGCUACUGGCAACGCUGCUGUUCGAUACGCCAUGACCUUCUUGUAUGCCGCUGGUUGUUUCUCUGCCAACACUCUGCAGUACACCUGGGCUGUCUCAACACUUGGCCAGACCCCUGAAAAGCGUGCUGCUGGUGGUGCCAUUGUCAACAUCUUUGGUCAUCUGGGAAAUGUCAUCUCACCCUACUUCUUCCCUGACAGAGAUCAGCCUCGAUACACUAUGGCUAUGAUCUUGCAGAUUGUCUUUGCUAGUCUUGGUAUUACACUUGCUUCUAUCAUCAAGUGGCACUUGACUAGAAAGAACAAGAAGCUCAAGGCUGAAGCUGACCGUCUCGGUGUUGAGUUCAACCCCUUCACUACUUGA